UCUCUCUCUCUCUCUCUCUCUCUCUCUCUCUCUCUCUCUCUCUCUCUCUCUCUCUUUCUCUCUCGCUGUUUCUCUCUCUCUCUCUCUCUCUGUCUCUCUCUCUGCUUAUGUAAGUGUGUUUGUCUGUGUAUUGUGUGUGUGUGUGGUGUGCGUGCCUGGCCGGAGCGCCCUAGCGCUGCAGUGCCCUGGUGUUGCUCAGUAACAGUCUGAGUCAGUGAGGAUAGAGUUUGUCGGAGUGUGUGUGUGUGUGUGUGUGUCGGCAUCGCUGUCUUCAUCACUGGAUACGACUCUCAACUCAGCACAGUUACAGGCACACUAUGUACCCAGACGAGAGCGAAACGACGGUGUCUCUGUCAGGCCAGGGCAGGCUGGAUUCCCCGGUCUACACCAAUCUGCAGGAGCUGAAGAUCUCCCAGUCGAGCCAGCCCCCGGCCCCCUCCAGCUCCCCUCUCCACGUACUGGGGGACUGGGAGACGCACAAAGACGUGUCCGGGCGCCACUUCUACUACAACCGCAGCUCCCAGGAGCGCACCUGGAAGCCCCCCAGGGCCAGGGAGGCCGGCACGGGGAGCUGCCUCAGAGCCACCCGCCACAGCUCUGGAGACGCCGAGACCACGUCGCCUCUAUCUCUCUCCCCCUCAUUCCUGCCCCUCCUCUCGCUCACCAUUGGUCGCUUCCAGCCUCUGUCGUUGGAGGACACGUGCCCCAGCUUGUACUCUAGCCAAUCAGACAGCCAGUAUGGCUCUCCGCCCCGUGGUUGGUCAGAAGAGCUGGACAAGUACGGGCACACGCUGUAUGUCAGCGACUAUACUAACGAGAAGUGGAUAAAGCACGUGGAUGAGCAGGGUCGUCCCUACUACUACAGUGCAGAUGGAUCCAGGUCUGAGUGGGAGCUGCCUAAGUAUAAGCACUCCCCCCCCCAGCUAGGGGGGGAGGGGCCGAAGAGUCGCAGUCUGGACAGGAAGCAGGUGGAUCCCAUCGUGCUGACCAAGUGGAGACACAGCACCUACAACCUGGACAACAACGACAAGCGACACAUCAAAAGCAGGCGUGUCCGUGCUGGCUCCGCCCGCCCCCACCCCUACAAGCAUCAAGAUGCUCCUCUGGGCCCGAAGCCUGGCUCUCCUGACUCUGACUCCUCCUGCCCCUCGUCCCCCAAGCCCCCGGGCUCCCCAUCAGAGAAGUGUGGGGUUCUGAACGUCACCAAGAUCACAGAGCAUGGCAAGAAAGUCCGGAAGAACUGGACAUCUUCCUGGACGGUUCUCCAAGGAUCCACGCUGCUAUUCACCAAAAACCAGGGAGGCGGGACCAGCUGGUUCGGGGGUGGUCAGUCCAAGCCAGAGUUUACAGUGGAUCUGAGGGGGGGGGUGGUGGAGUGGGCCUCUAAGGACAAGUCCAGCAAGAAGCACGUUCUGGAGGUGAAGACCCGUCAGGGCACAGAGCUGCUGAUCCAGUCUGAGAAUGACAUCAUCGUCAGUGACUGGUACCGAGCCCUGCUGGACACCAUCAGUACCCAUGCCUGGGAGUCAGACGAGGCCAUAGAUGAGGACAUGCCCGAGUCUCCCGGCGCGGAGAAACAAGAUCGAGAGAAGGACCACCGGGACUCCAAGAAGAACCGAGCCAUGAAGAGCUCCACCAGCAUGGACACCUCCGACAACAAGAAGACCAAACACAAGCUGAAGAAGUUCCUCACCCGUAGACCCACGCUGCAGUCCGUCAGGGACAAGGGCUACAUCAAAGACCAGGUGUUUGGAUGCAGCCUAAGCUGUCUCUGCCAGAGGGAGAAUGCUUCUGUGCCAGGUUUCGUCACGAUGUGUAUCGACCACGUGGAGAAUAGCAGUCUGAGUGUGGACGGUCUGUACAGGGUCAGUGGGAACCUGGCGGUCAUACAGAAACUCCGCUUCGCUGUCAACCACGAUGAGAAGGUGACCCUGGAGGACAGUAAGUGGGAGGACAUCCACGUGACCACAGGUGCUCUGAAGAUGUUCUUCAGAGAGCUGCCUGAGCCUCUCUUCAGCUACGGCCUCUUCCACGACUUUGUCAACGCCAUCAAGAUGUGUGACUACAAGCAGCGCGUCCAGACCAUCAAGGAUCUGGUGAGGCAGCUGCCCAGGCCCAACCAGGACACCAUGCAGGCCCAGGGUGACCCGCUCCACACCUGCCCUGCAGUCAGCCCCUCCUGCUGCCUCCACUCUGGACCGGACCUGACGUCUUGUGAUCAGUAUAGACAGACUUGUCCACACCGAGCCAGGUCUGGAGACGCCUGGCUCUUCACAUCACACUGGUGGUCCUCCCUCCCUCACCCCUCUUCCUCCCUCCCUCACCCCUCCUUCCUCCCUCCCUCACCCCUCCCUCCUCCCUCCCUCCUCCCCUCCUCUCCUCCCCCCUCUCCCUCCCUCCUCCCUCCCUUCGCUCUUCCCCCCCCCCCUCCCCUGCAUCCUCACCUGGCUCUCAAACCUGGCUACUCUCCUGUCUCUCUACACUGGAUAUCCACGGCCGUUCCCUGGGUCGGUCCUCUUCCGGCUCCUCCCCCUGGCCUGGCCUAGCGAGGGAGGCUAACGCUAACAUGAUGGAGGCCUGGCAUGGCUGGACCUUUAGAACUGGGGUUGCGACGGUGCAAAGAUGCCUGGCUGGCUCUUCUUAAAGGGGGGUCAGCGAUGGGGGCGGAGGUCUAUGCUGCUGUAUCAAGUCUCUAUUCUGUAUAUUUGCUUGUAUUUAAAGACGCUUCUGCUUGGUCUGUCUGUCUCUGUCUGUCUGCUGGAAAGAAGCUGUGUUUUUCCCAUGGGUGACCAACCUGAUGACCUUCUGUGCUUUGUUUCCUCAGAGCAACUGUAUCAUUCAUCCCUCUCUCUCUUAAACUCACUCUCUUAAACGUUCUAUUAACUCUCUUUUCUCUCUCUCUCUCUCUCUCUCUCUCUCUCUCUCUCUCUCUCUCUCUCUCUCUCUCUCUCUCUCUCUCUCUCUCUCUCUCUCUCUCUCUCUCUCUCUCUCUCUCUCUCUCUCUCUCUCUCUCUCUCUCUCUCUCUCUCUCUCUCUCUCCCCCUUCCUCACCAAUUCAGAUUCCAGCUUGACACCUUUUUUGAGGCAGUAAAUCAUCUCUCGAUUUCAGUCGAAUAUCAACUUGAGAAACUGUCUGUGUACUGUAUAUCCUUGCUGUGUGGGGGAACUGUAAAUAUAAUAAUGUGUCAAUAUAAGCAAGUUUUUGGAGAGAAAGAAAAAAAAAACGAAAUCCCUUUUUAUGGAUAAAUAUGGAGAGUUUAUGCCUGGGCUUGUCAGACUGGAGGUGAGUCGUGUGGUUGUCUGAGGGUGUGUGUAUGGUCCUGUCUGCCUUCAUGAGUGUUCGAAACAUGGAACAAUCACUAAUGUAUUAAGAAUCUAUAUAACAUAUACAAUGAUUGUGUAUGAGAAGUAUGGAAUGUGUUGUUUGGGUUUACCUGUACUGGGGUAAGUUUCACACGUUUUGAAUCCAAACUAACUGCUGUUCGUCAAGACUUUGUCUGAUGGAAAUAAAGGCUCUCUGUUGAGAACCUGUCAGAUCUGUGG